CCAUGGAUCAGGUAAUGCAAUUUGUUGAACCCAGUCGGCAGUUUGUAAAGGACUCAAUUCGGCUGGUUAAAAGAUGUACCAAACCUGAUAGAAAAGAAUUCCAGAAGAUUGCCAUGGCAACAGCAAUAGGAUUUGCUAUAAUGGGAUUCAUUGGCUUCUUUGUGAAAUUGAUCCAUAUCCCUAUUAAUAACAUCAUUGUUGGUGGCUGAUACCUUUUGGAAGACUCUUUCAUCUUGGGGAUUGAUGAACAAAUGACCUGAGAAACUCAUGGAGUAAAAAUUGCCUGCAUUUUGUGUUUUUUU